GCCCCGCUCCGGUAUCCUUCCGCUGAGCGGUGACGCCAUUUUCUUGAGGAUUUUUUUUAAAAAGGGAAAGAAAGCUCGGGAGGAGCGGCGAGGGACCAGAGGCACUGCCCGAAACCAUGGCUGACAUCGACAAGCUCAACAUCGACAGCAUCAUCCAGCGGUUGUUAGAAGUGCGAGGUUCAAAACCUGGAAAAAAUGUACAGCUUCAGGAGAACGAGAUCAGAGGCUUGUGCCUCAAAUCGCGUGAAAUCUUCCUCAGUCAACCUAUUCUUCUAGAACUUGAGGCUCCGUUAAAAAUAUGCGGUGAUAUUCAUGGCCAAUACUAUGAUUUGCUUCGACUGUUUGAAUAUGGUGGCUUCCCACCAGAGAGCAAUUACCUGUUUCUGGGUGAUUAUGUGGACAGGGGAAAACAGUCAUUGGAAACUAUCUGUCUUUUGUUGGCUUAUAAAAUUAAGUAUCCAGAGAAUUUUUUCCUUCUGCGUGGAAACCAUGAAUGUGCCAGUAUAAACAGAAUUUAUGGAUUUUAUGAUGAAUGUAAAAGGAGGUACAAUAUUAAAUUGUGGAAGACCUUUACAGACUGUUUCAACUGCUUACCAAUAGCUGCCAUUGUGGAUGAAAAGAUAUUUUGUUGCCAUGGUGGUUUGUCACCUGAUCUUCAGUCCAUGGAACAAAUCAGACGAAUCAUGCGACCCACUGACGUGCCUGACCAAGGACUUCUGUGUGAUCUUUUGUGGUCUGAUCCAGACAAAGAUGUAUUGGGAUGGGGUGAAAAUGAUCGAGGUGUCUCAUUCACAUUUGGGGCAGAAGUAGUUGCAAAAUUCCUUCAUAAACAUGACCUGGAUCUGAUCUGUAGAGCCCACCAGGUUGUAGAAGAUGGGUACGAGUUCUUUGCUAAGAGGCAAUUGGUGACUUUAUUCUCUGCACCCAAUUAUUGUGGGGAGUUCGAUAAUGCAGGUGCUAUGAUGAGUGUAGAUGAAACCUUGAUGUGCUCUUUUCAGAUUUUGAAACCAGCAGAGAAAAAGAAACCCAAUACAAGCCGGCCUGUAACACCACCAAGGAGCAUGAUCACAAAACAAGCCAAGAAAUAAAACCGGGAAUUCUGGCAUUGCCUAUUUGGACAUGUAUUAUACCAGUUUGUCUCCAUUUUUAACUUUUUUUUGUGUAAAGUGUACCUGUCAGCUUGCUUGGGUUAGAUUACUACUUGUUGACUUGUGGUUUAUCUGCUGUGAUGUGCUGCAUCAUGUUUGCUGCUGCAGAACAGCAAACAUGACUCAGCCCCCUGAGGUGGAAGAAUAUUAAAAUACAGUAGCUCUCUAACCUGCAUCAGUGCUCCUACUUGUUGGCACUACCUGCUAGCAAUAGUGUGUGCUUGACUAUUCCACAGCAGGCUUCAACAUGGGGAGGGUGGGGUGGGGGUUGUUAAUGGUGGGGCAUAAAUGAGGGUUACUAGUUGACAGAAAUUUGACAUUUUUGGUACAGUUCACGAAAGUGUUGUAAAUGCAAUGUGAUGACAGUUGAGUUUUUCCUUUUUUAAGACCCAAAGAGGUGCUUGUGAGCUGGUAAUUUUUUGGAAAAAAAACUCACUAAGUGUAGGAAGUGGCAUACUGUUUAUAAAAAACCUCAAGUUAUAGUUCAAAAUUUUGUACUUAAUGUUUUUUUUAUUUAGAGGAAUGCAUCUGCUUUUUUCAAGUCUUCAUGUCUGUCAUAUAAACAACUGUCUUGUAUAGAUGUUAUGGUUAGAAGGAUCUGCCUCUCCACUCUGCCAGCAUCACUGAAAAUGAUGUAAAUUUGAUUAAGCACACUUCCUGUACUGUAUUUUAGAUGAAAUAAAGCCAUUAUUUUACAUUUGGCAUUUUGAUUUGUCAAAUAUUAGGUUUCUUGUGUUUAUAAUGGCUAACAUGGGUUAGUUUAACUUCUGGCCAAGAUGGAGAACAGAUUAAGAAAUGUCUAGCAUAGAAGAUUAAAGAACUUUAAUUUGUCAUUUACUCAUUCCUAAAAUGGGAUUGGGAGGUUUCCCUAUUCCUCCAUGCCAUUAUCAGCCCUGGCCUUGAAGCCAAGCAAGCUAACAAUUCUUGAGGAUCUGUGUCAUUAGACAAUUGGCCACUAGGCUAAAAUGGUUUGAGUGCUCAAUGUUUAAACUUCCCUCUGCAGUUUCUCACCAUGUAUUUGUAAUUGAGAGCAUGCAGUUCAAAACUCUUGGGUCACUUGCAUAUAAUGGACAUCAUGCCCCUUCAUUCUGAUCAGAAUUCCUGUACAUGAAUGGAUAUGAUGCCAGUUUCUCCUUAUUUACUACCCCCCCCCCCCCCCAAUACACCAAGAUUUGUGGCUCUUCUCACUUAAUUUUAAAAAUCUAAAUAGUACAAAACCAUGUCCACACAAAAUUCCUGUCAGCACUAGUAUAGCCAUGAAGGGGUACUGUUGUUUUCCUUCAUCUCCACUACCAUGCUGGGGAAACUCAAAAUUGGGCAAAUCCAUUUGAGCCUAGUGGUUGGUUUAAAUGUGGCAGUGGCAGAUCCCUGGGCAUCUAUUUGUAUGCCUGUACUGUCAACUAAGUAAUUUAAUUUCAUGAAGAUCAAAAAUGGGAAGAAAAAUAAAGCCUUUUUACAAA